AUGGUCAAUCCUCCUUUUGAUAUAAAUUACUUUUUAAAUAGCUGUACGAAUUUGGAAAAAUCUUAUGAACAUUUAUUAAAAGAAAAAAAAUUAUAUGAAUUAAAAUUAAAUCAGGCUUUGAUAAGUCUCCAAGAAAUAAAUGAAAAAUAUGAAGAGGAAAGGAAGAACAAUCUAGAUGUCUCAUUAAGAAUAUCUGAGCAAACUGAUAAAAUGAUAAAGAAUGAAAAUAUAUUUGAAGAUGUAGAGAGACAGAAUGAGGAAUUGAAAGAAAAAAUCGAAGAGAUUAAUAAGGAAAGAGAAUUAGAAAAGCAACUAUUGGAAGAGAAAAUAAAAAUUUUGAAAAUACAAAAAGAGAAAGAAAUCGAGGAAUAUGAAAAACAAAUGAGAAUCUUAAAAAAUGAGUUGCUUAAACUUAAUAGUGUUAUUGUAGAGUUAGAUUUAGAUAUAUCAUCAAAAGAUAAAGAAAUAAAUAACUUGUCGUCAUACUUAAAGUCUUAUAAAGAAAAGCACGAUAAAGUUGUAUUAGAAUAUGAGGAAAAAAUGAAUGAUAUAAUUAAACAAAAUGAAGAGAAGGAAAAGAAAAAUAAAGAAGCUCUUGAGAAUAUAAGAAAUAUCAAGGACAAUCUUGCUUUAAAUAAUUUGAGAAAUAAACUCAAGUUAUUACAAGAAGAUUAUAACGAUUUAGAAAAAGAAUAUCUACAUUUAAAAAAAAGUAUAAAUAAAACAUCAACUAAGAAACAUUUAAUAACAAAAAGAAUUCAAGGCAAAAGUGUAUGUAAUAAUAAAAUAUCUUAUAAAAUAUAA